GAAAUAUUUUUAAUUUCCAGAGGUAAAUAAGAAAGAAGUUGUAGAACCUGUAACUAUUUUGGAGACUCCACCCAUGAUGAUUGUUGGAGUUGUAGGAUAUAUCGAGACUCCUAAAGGAUUGAGAGCAUUCAAAACUGUUUGGGCUGAGCAUCUCAGUGAAGACUGCAGGCGACGAUUCUACAAAAAUUGGUACAAAUCAAAGAAGAAGGCUUUUACUAAAUAUUCUAAGAAGUGGCAGGAUGAAGUAGGCAAAAAAGAAAUUGAAAAGGAAUUCAAGAAGAUGGCUAAAUACUGCAAGGUUAUUCGAGUGAUUGCUCACACUCAGAUGAAAUUGAUGAGAAAACGUCAGAAGAAGGCUCACAUCAUGGAAAUUCAGUUGAAUGGUGGCAACAUCAGUCAAAAGAUCAAGUGGGCUCGUGAUCAUCUAGAAAAACCUGUUCCACUAAGCCAAGUUUUUGCUCAGGAUGAAAUGAUAGAUGUAAUUGGUGUUACCAAAGGAAAGGGAUUCAAAGGUGUUACAAGUCGAUGGCAUACAAAAAAGUUACCCCGGAAAACACACAAAGGUCUGCGUAAAGUUGCUUGUAUUGGAGCAUGGCAUCCAAGUAGAGUUCAGUUUACUGUUGCUAGAGCAGGUCAGAAAGGAUAUCACCAUAGAACUGAAAUAAAUAAAAAAAUUUACCGUAUCGGUCAAGGUAUUCAUACUAAAGAUGGCAAGGUAGUGAAGAACAAUGCAUCAACCGAGUACGACCUGACUGAAAAGACUAUUACUCCAAUGGGUGGCUUCCCUCAUUAUGGUGAAGUGAAUUGUGAUUAUCUAAUGCUAAAGGGAUGUAUCAUGGGACCGAAAAAGAGAGUUAUUACUUUGAGGAAGAGUCUGCUCACUCAUACAAAGAGAGCUGCAACUGAAAAGAUCAACUUGAAAUUCAUAGACACUUCAUCUAAAUUUGGUCAUGGAAGAUUCCAGACUAUUGCUGAAAAGCGUGCGUUUAUGGGUCCGUUAAAGAAAUAUAAAAUAAAAGAAGAAGCUGUUGCUCCUUAGUUCAAGCAAAUGUAUUUGAAAAAAUAAAAAUAUGAUAUUUGAGUUA